AUGGUUGGAUUUGGUUACUUAGCAAAAAUUGAAGGAGGUUGUAAACUUAAACCCAUCCUUAUUUAUGCACUAAUUGAGAGGUGGAGGCUAGAGACACACACAAUCCAUCUACCAUGUGGGGAGUGCACAAUUAUCCUAGAGGAUGUUUCAAUGCAGUUAGGGCUCCCAGUAGAUGGAACUGCCAUUUUUAGUGUGGCAGAUGAUGAUUGGGAGAAUCUGUGCAAAGAGUAUCUUGGAAUUGCCCCGACGACUUUCAACUAUGGUCGAAUAACAUUAUCAUGGUUGCAAAGGACUUUUAAAGAGUUACGCGAAAUUUUUUUCGAGGACGAGGUAAAAGCAUUUGCCCGAGCAUACAUAUUACAAAUUAUUGGAGGGACAUUGAUGCCUGACAAGUAUGAGAAUCAGGUCCAUUGUAUGUGGUUGCGUUAUCUCAUCGAUUUUCAAAUAGCCAACAUGUUGAGUUAG